CCCACCCCUCGCCUCCUCCCCCGCACACACCGCACCACACCGCACGCAUCUCCCCUCCUCCCCCCCUCCGCGACACAGAUCCCCUCCCCUCUCCGCUCCCCGCUCCUCCUGCCUCCGAUCUCUAUAAAAGACCAGAAAUUUCGAAAUUUUCCGCGGACCUUUCCUGCCCGCGCGCCUCUUCCCGCCAAAUUCCGGCCUCGGAUCCGCUCUGAUUCGGCCCGGCCGGGCGGGGUCUGUCGCCAUGGCGGAGGCGACGCUGGAGGGGAGCGAGCCGGUGGAUCUGUCCAAGCACCCCUCCGGCAUCAUCCCCACGCUCCAGAAUAUCGUGUCAACUGUCAAUUUGGAUUGUAAGUUAGACCUCAAAGCAAUAGCUCUGCAAGCACGUAACGCAGAAUAUAAUCCAAAGCGUUUUGCUGCAGUUAUCAUGAGAAUAAGAGAACCAAAAACUACAGCACUGAUAUUCGCGUCGGGUAAAAUGGUAUGUACUGGAGCAAAGAGCGAACAACAAUCCAAGCUUGCAGCAAGAAAGUAUGCUCGUAUCAUUCAGAAACUUGGCUUUCCAGCUAAAUUCAAGGAUUUUAAGAUUCAGAAUAUCGUUGGCUCCUGUGAUGUUAAAUUUCCAAUUAGACUGGAGGGCCUUGCAUAUUCUCAUGGUGCUUUCUCAAGUUAUGAGCCGGAACUUUUUCCUGGUCUGAUCUAUCGAAUGAAGCAACCGAAGAUUGUUCUUCUGAUUUUUGUUUCAGGCAAGAUUGUCUUGACCGGGGCAAAGGUGAGAGAAGAGACAUACACUGCCUUUGAAAAUAUAUAUCCUGUACUCACAGAGUUCAGAAAAGUUCAGCAAUGAUUAACUCACCUGAUUCACAACUACAAGGUCCCGUGGGAUUUUGCCACCUUGAGAGCCGUGACUGCUAAUUUUAACUGUACAUAUAUAGUCUGGAGGAGCCCAUAGCAUGUUGCAAUUUGAUGCGAGCUUUGAUGUCGUGGAUGGAGGCUCGAGACGUCUUAUCCAUUUGGUCUCCUGAUGAUGAUGAUGAUAAUAGGUCUGCCUUGUGAUCGACCGAAGAGUUGGUCAUCACGGGUCUUAAUUCCGAGUAGAGUUUAUAUGUGACCUGCACAGAAGACAAUGUGCAACAAGGCAACUUGGGAGAUGAGCUCUGCGUGCGAGUCUUUUCUGAGUACUUACGGUGAACUGCACUGCACUGCACGGUGUAGUUUUCAUGCCGUAGGUACAAUGAUGAGAAGGCUGAUGUUGUUAGACGAUGUCAUAUUGGGCAAUCUGUAUUAUGUACUCCUACCUAUGUGUGUCCCUUUUCUUUUUAUUGCCGUUUGUACUCAUUGUGAUGUUCCAACUUGCAUGACAAUGAAUAGCGAAACUGCUGUAUGUUGGUCUA